CAAGUGCGCAUGCGCAUUUGGGUGGCGGGCGGAUACUUAAAGGGCGGCUGCGGCAGUGCGCCCAACAGCGGACUUCGAGAGACCAGCGGCCCUCGGCGAACCCUAAGCCUUCGGCAAACUCUCUCAACCACCUAUUCUCGGAACCAUGGCGGCAGUGGCGGCAGCAUCGGCUGAACUGCUCAUCAUCGGCUGGUACAUUUUCCGCGUGCUGCUGCAGGUGUUCCUGGAAUGCUGCAUUUACUGGGUAGGAUUCCCUUUUCGAAAUUCUCCAGGGACCCAGCCUAUUGCAAGAAGUGAGGUGUUCAGGUACUCCCUGCAGAAGGUGGCAUACACCGUGUCGAGGACCGGGCGGCACGUGCUGGGAGAGCGCCGCCGGGCCCCCAACUGAGGCCCCAGCCCCCAGCCCUGGGCGGCCAUGUCACCAGGUGCUCCUGUGCAUCUCGCCCAGCAUGGGAGCCAUUGCCGCCCAGGAAUAGGGGGUCCCCUGUGCUCUCUCGCCAGAGGAGCAUUUGCCAAGGUCAAUGAGGGGCUGGCAGGCCUCCAGAGAAGCAGCACCGCAAUGACGACAAUACCUGAUCCCUUUCCAAUCCCUGUGUACCCCUCCCAUUAUGGGGCGGGGUAGAGGGAGGAGGGAUGGAGGGAGAAUUCUGAGAUUUGGGCAUAGGCAUUCUGAUCUGGACCAAGUCGGACAGCGACAUCCCAGCCCCACAACCAGGGCCAUACCAGCAGGCCCCACCACAGAGAUCCAGACUACGACACCAGCAGCAGAAUGAACAUUCCAACAUCAUCGGCAAGCCGAAGCCCUGAACCUCUGAGCAGCAGACAAGGAGUCAAUUGCGUGCCUGUGUGGCGGGACAAGAGGGCUUGGGUGGGGGAGGAAGAGGGUUAAGAAACAGAGCGGGGCCCUCUCACUGUCCCUUGCCUACUGCACGUGCAUUCCAGCCUUGCUGCCUUUGCUCCCUCUAUUCCUCCUUCCCCCUCACUGCCUCCCAAGCCCACCCUACCAGAAAAAAUGUAUCACUCAAUUCGGACCUAUUCAAUCAGUAAAAGAAUCCCAACUUUACUAAAACACCUCCAAGCCCCCAGUCCCUCAUUGAUCUUUUCCCUGGUCUCAUGCAAUUGUGGUCAAUAUUGUGCAAAUUGCUAAUUGUAAUAAUUGUGUAAGUGUGCAUUAGUUGUGCUUCCCCCGCUAGAUUGUAAGCUCCUGGAGGACAGGGACCACCUCUCAAAUUAAAAAAAAAGCACCUCCCCCAUCUCGCACAGUGUCCCAGGACCCUGCGGGGCGGUGGAAGCGCACCAAAAA